GUACGUUUCUAGUUCUUAUGAGGUCAAUAAUUAACACUGCACUACUUAAUACAGUAAAAUUAAUAGAAGUUCGCAAUAUGUAAAUAAUAGCAAGUACUCGGUGUGCGCCACAAUUCAUCACUUUUUUUUUUAUACCUUUGACUUUUCAGACUUUUGCCGUUUCGAUCGGGCUUGAAUACCGUUUUUUAUUACUCCCGUAUGUUCACGCGCCCUUUACAAAUUGAUGCCUAGCCCGCAGGAUAUCCCGUCGAGGGGUAGCAUGGAGCGUCUUCUAAGCACAGCGGGGAAUGAUCUCAUCAUUGCUGAAUUCUACGUCAACUGGUGCGGCAACUGCACGAAGAUCGCCCCUGCCUACGAGGAGAUGGCUCAGAAGUACGGCAACAACGCCCAGUUCGUCAAGGUGGACCUGGAUAAGACGGGCGAUAUCCAUCCGGAGUAUGGCGUGACUUCCACUGUGAGUCCCACCUUUGUCUUUAUCAAGAAUGGAGUGGCUAUCGAUCGGUUCCAAGGAUCUAACGCAAGGAUGCUGGAAGCCGCCAUCCAGCGACACGUCUGAAGUGGCCUUUGCCAUAGGUCGAUGAUUUAAAAUUUUUUUUCUGGCAGUGGGGAGUUUGUCGCGGUGUUACGGUGAGAAUGUCGCGGUCCUUGUAUAUCAAUCUCAGUUCAAAUUUGACUGGAAUCUGGAUUUGUUUUGUCGUGGAAAGGGUGGAUUUCCUAUCGUGUGGAAACCUACUAAACUGUAUAGGUUGGACUAUUUUGGAUGAAUGACAACUGCAUUGAGAUGAGAACCAUUCACAAAAAUUUUAUUUUUGAGACACACCAUAAAACGAAAGUUCAUGCCGUCAGUUUACACUAAAAUGCGACCACCAUCGA